AUGCCGAUCAAGCAGGAGCUUGGCUGCACCGAGUGGGAAGGUGGCGGCCACCAGUGCCCCGAGGGCUCCAGUCCUGCUCGGUGCGCGCUGCGCACCGCACGGCCGAGCCCGGACCCGCGUGGGACGGCGCUGCCGGGGCAAACCCGCCCGCGGCUCCUGCCGUGCCCGGUACCCAGGGCACCGCUGCCGCUCCUCUCCUCCGGCCCCGUACGCCCCCCUCCCUCCAUCCCCUCGUGGUUUGCGGUCUGCUCCGCGCCGGCGGCUCCGUCCCCGCCGCCCCGGGGCUUCCGGAGGAGCCAGCGCCGCGGCCGCGGGGCGGGUGGCGGCGGCGGCCGGCAGCGAUGGCUGCGGGGCACCGCGGCCAGGCUGGUCCCGGCGGGCGGCCCUGCGUGCGGGGCAGCCCCGCGCUCCUUGCCCGCCGUGCCGGGACCGCCGCGGGGUGCGCGAGGGCCGCGCUCCGGCUCCGCCCGAGGUAACCCCGCCGCCGCUGCCCCCCGGCCCGGCCCGACCCGACCCGACCCGAUCCAAGCCGUCCCGGCCCCGCACCUGCCCCCGGCGCCGGGCCCGGCGAGGGGGCGGCUCCGCCGGCCGCCAGUCACCGCCCCCCGCGCGGCGCGCCCGCCCCCGGCCCCGCUGCCAAACCCCCCGCCCGCCUCUCGGCGGAGCCCCCGGUCGGUGCGGCCGCCGGUGCCGGUGCCCCCGCGCCGGGCGGUGCGGAGCGCAGCGCUGUCCGCCGCGGCCGCCCCUCCGCAGCUGUGCCGCUCUGAGCCGCGGGGCCGGCGCUGCGGGCAGCGCAGUCUCUCCGGACGCGGGGCCGCCGCCGCACCGAAACUUUUGUUGGCCGGGUGCGCGGUGCAGGGCUGCGGGCCGGGCGGAGCGGGGCGCGGGGGCCGCGCCAGGAGCCGUGGCACUGCCCGGCGGGCCGGGCCAGGCCGGGCCGGGGCGGGCCAGGCCGGGCAGGGCCGUGCCCCGGCGGGCAGGCCCGUGCCCCGGCGCUGCAGCGCCCUCUGCCGGCGGAGCGCGGCCCCGGGGGCUCCCCCUCCCCAAAACAGGGACCCUCCCUCGCCUCACGAGCGCUGUGGGUGCUCGGCCUCGCCACGGCUGCGCCCAGGGAACACGUGGGGCUUUGGUCUCCGGUGUGGGAACCCGGGGCUGCAGUAUGCCAUGGAAAUGAGGAUCGGGGAGAUCUCUUCAACUGAAAGAACUAUAUGCACUGACGCAGCCUCAGGAAAACCCGCAAUGGCUGCCAAGCGCAAAGGCGGCCUGAAGCUAAAUGCCAUCUGUGCCAAGCUGAGCCGCCAAGUCGUCUUCGACCACGGGGGAGCCGAGCAGGCACGUGCGGACAAGGGGCCACAGCAGGAGAGCAGCAACAAGGACCUGCCCCAGCCUGGGACCAAAGAGCUGGGGACAGAGUUUUCAGAUGGACUCAGCUGCGUGCAGAAGAUCGAGGAGGACAAAAGGAGGGAGGUGAUCGAGAAGUGGGUGAACGGGGAGUACAAUGAGGAGCCCUUGCUGGGGCGAGCAGAGGGCAAGGAAUGUAAGAGCACCGAGAGCCCAGAGGUGCCCCCUGAAGGGGUUUACAUGGUGCAGCCCAAGGGCUGCAGCGACGAGGAAGAUAACGGGGACGAGGCAGACGCUCUGAGGGGCUCACAGGAUGGCAACUUCUUGGAUGACAGGGAUUCAGAUGGGCCAGCAAAGGACGAUGCCUACCGGUCCUCCAGUGGCGAACCAGGCUCCAAGCUGGGGGCAGGAACCACCUCAGGGGAAGCUUCAUCACUGCGGGAUUACGCCGCCACCACCAUGAACGAGUUCCUGGGCAUGUUUGGCUACGACGACCAGAACAUGCGGGACGAGCUGGCGCGCAAGAUCAGCUUCGACAAGCUGAACGCUGCUACCUCAGAGGCCACCGCCGCCGCCGCCGCCGCCGCCUCUCUCCCCGGCGAAGAUGCCAUGAGCAAACGAGCCCGCUUCUCCAAGUACGAGGAGUACAUCCGCAAACUGAAGGCUGGAGAGCAGCUCUCGUGGCCCAUGCACUUGGCCAAAUCUGAGGAGUUGGGCUCCAAGCUGGGAAAAGAGCCGUCCUCAGUGCUGGCACAGCCCAUUCGCGUGCCAGGUCCAGACGCCUCCAUGCUGACGGAGACCAAAGCCACCAUCCUGCCACUGCCCUCUCCCAGCAGUUCCCAGAUGCAGGGCCUGAUGUCACGGGCCUCCAAAUACGACUUCUUCAUUCAAAAGCUGAAGACGGGUGAGAGCAUCAGGCCACAAAAUGGCAACACUUACAAGAAGGCCUCCAAGUAUGACCUAGAAAAUGUCAAGUACUUGCACCUUUUCAAGCCUGGGGAAGGAAGCCCAGAUAUGGGAGGAGCCAUCGCCUUCAAGACAGGCAAGGUAGGCCGGCCUUCCAAGUAUGAUGUGAGGAACAUUCAGAAGCUUACUCCAGUCAAAGCUCCAGUCCCCAGCCUGGCCCCUGCUUCCCUCACCAGUACCCCCAGCAGCACUCCGGUGGCCGGGCCAGAGCAGUCCAUCUCAUUGCCAUUCAACACUCCUGAGUACCUGAAAUCAACUUUCUCCAAGACAGACUCCAUCACAACUGGAACAGUCUCUACAGUAAAGAAUGGAUUACCCACUGACAAACCGGCCGUCAGCGAAGACGUAAAUAUUUACCAGAAGUAUAUUGCCAGGUUCUCUGGCAGUCAGCACUGUGGACACAUACACUGCGCCUACCAGUACCGGGAGCAUUACCACUGCCUGGACCCCGAGUGCAACUACCAGAGAUUCACCAGUAAGCAGGAUGUGAUUCGGCAUUACAACAUGCACAAGAAGCGCGAUAACUCCCUGCAGCACGGCUUCAUGCGCUUCAGCCCCCUGGACGACUGCAGCGUGUACUACCACGGCUGCCACCUGAACGGGAAGAGCACCCACUACCACUGCAUGCAGGUGGGUUGUAACAAGGUCUAUACAAGCACCUCUGAUGUGAUGACCCACGAGAACUUUCACAAGAAGAACACGCAGCUCAUCAACGACGGGUUCCAGCGGUUCCGUGCCACGGAGGACUGCGGCACCGUGGAAUGCCAGUUCUACGGGCAGAAAACCACUCACUUCCACUGCAGGAGACCUGGGUGUACAUUCACCUUUAAGAACAAGUGUGACAUUGAGAAGCACAAGAGCUACCACAUCAAAGAUGAUGCCUAUGCCAAGGAUGGCUUCAAGAAGUUCUACAAGUACGAGGAAUGCAAGUAUGAGGGCUGUGUCUACAGCAAGGCCACCAACCACUUCCACUGCAUAAGGGCAGGCUGUGGUUUCACCUUCACCUCCACCAGCCAGAUGACUUCCCAUAAACGCAAACACGAGCGCCGGCACAUCCGGAGCUCAGGAGUGCUGGGCCUGCCUGCCUCACUCCUGGGCUCCAAGGAAAAUGAGCAAGAGGAGUCCAGUAACGAUGACCUUAUUGACUUCUCUGCCAUGAGCUCCAAGAACUCCAGCCUGAGUGCCUCCCCGACCAGUCAGCAGUCUUCCGUUUCUCUCAUCGUCCCAGCUGCACCCUCCUCUGCGGCUGAGCUUGCUUCCUCACAGGCCGCCAAGUCUGCCAACAGCAUGACACCAGCCACAAAGAUCUCUGGCCUGCUUUCCCAGGCUCUUCCUAGCAAUAUACCCUUGGCCCUGGCACUCUCCAACUCAGCACUUCCUGGAACAGCUGGAUCCUUCUUCCCCAUCAUCCCCAGUCGGGUCUCUACACCACUCCCUGCCAGCUCGGCUAAUCUGAUGACUGCUGGUUCUUCUGGCACCAAUCCAGCAUCAUCUGCUCCAACAGAUUCCUCAUCCCAGGCAGUUUCAGGAUCUGGUGAGCCAGUGGCUACUUCUUCGCCUGCUCCAGCAGCCUCUAUAAUGGAAAGGAUCUCUGCUAGUAAGGGAUUAAUCUCUCCUAUGAUGGCCAGGCUGGCAGCAGCUGCACUCAAGCCCUCUGUGGCACUUGAAGCAGGUAAUGGACAACCAGCACCUCCCGGACGGUUCAAUCCAGUCCAGGUGAAGCAGGAACCUGCGGAGGCCAUGGGACCGACAUCUGCCACCAGCCAGGACCCCUUGCAGGAGCACAGCUUGGACCUGAGUGUCAAGGACCACGGUAAUGAAUCAAAUGGCCACACAGUCUCAGCAAAUUCAUCUCUUUUAUCCUCGCUUAUGAAUAAGAUGUCCAAGACCAGUGCCAGCCUUGGCAACCUGCUGAACAUUAAGACAGAAGGCGAAGGCAGCCAGGCUGGGGCUGGGGAGCCAAACCAGUACCUGGGCAAGGCAGUGAAGGCUCUUGUCCAGGAGAAGCUCUCUGAGCCAUGGAAGAUGUACCUGCGCCGGUUUGGCACCAAGGAUUUCUGUGAUGCCCAGUGUGACUUCCUGCAUAAGGUGCAUUUCCACUGUGUGGUGGAGGAGUGUGGAGCCCUCUUCAGCACCCUGGAUGGAGCCAUCAAGCACGCCAAUUUUCACUUCCGAACUGAAGGUGGAACUGUGAAAAGCAACUCUGAGUCUCCCUUCUCAACUGCUACUGAGAAUAAAGCUUCACUGGCCCCUUCAUCACCAUCUGCUGCUUCUGCCACCAUGGCCAGUGCUCCUGCCCUUGACGUGCCCACUCCAAAUCCAGCUGCUAUGCCCUCUGCUCCCACACUACUUGCUUGGAAACAGCUGGCUUCAACCAUACCCCAGAUGCCUCAGAUCCCAGCAUCAGUGCCUAACCUGGCAGCUUCACCCUUGGCAACGACUUCCCUGGAGAAUGCCAAGCCUCAGGUCAAACCUGGAUUUCUUCAGUUCCAGGAGAAUGAUCCCUGCUUGGCAACAGACUGCAAGUAUGCCAACAAAUUCCACUUCCACUGUCUCUUUGGGAACUGCAAGUAUGUGUGCAAAACCUCUGGCAAAGCAGAAUCCCACUGCCUGGACCACAUCAACCCCAACAAUAAUCUGGUGAAUGUGCGAGACCAGUUUGCUUACUACUCCCUGCAGUGUCUCUGUCCAAACCAGCACUGUGAAUUCCGCAUGCGAGGGCAUUACCACUGUCUGCGUCCCGGCUGCUUCUUCGUGACUAACAUCACCACCAAGCUGCCCUGGCACGUGAAAAAGCACGAGAAGGCAGAGAGAAGGGCAGCCAACGGCUUCAAGUAUUUUACCAAGCGGGAGGAAUGUGGCAGACUAGGUUGCAAAUACAACCAGGUGAACAGCCACUUCCACUGCAUCCGAGAGGGCUGCCAGUUCUCCUUCCUGCUCAAGCACCAAAUGACAUCCCAUGCCAGGAAGCACAUGAGGAGGAUGCUGGGGAAGAACUUUGAUCGUGUUCCUACUCAGGUUAUUGGCCACACUCCAAGAAAUGAAAAUCUCCCCCAGGUUGGCAGCAUGGCACCCAGCCCAGCCUCAUCAGGAACCCCAGCUUCCUUUCAGGGACCCCCAAGCAUGAUGGACACUGAAACAGAAGAGUACAUGGAUUACACUGGCUGUAGCCCUGGGGGCAUCUCCUCUGAAUCUUCCAACAUGGACCGCAGCUGCUCCAGCACUCCAGUGGGCAAUGAAAGUACAUCAGCAGGCUGCCUGGUUCCUUCUACGGCUACUGCUGCUGCCGAUGAUGCAACCCACACUGCACCACAACCUCCACCACCAUCUCUGCCUCCAUCUUUCUCACAAGCCCUGCUUAGGUCUCCCCUCCCCACCCUCCCCUAUCUCUUCUCUCCAUCUUGUCUCUCGUACUCCCUGCUCAGUGCCACUCUGGGAGCCAGCAGAGGCAUUGUCAUGCCUGCCGCCAGCACCGCUGGGUUCUCGCCCAUCAUUGCCACUCCAACUCCAGUAAAAAGUGACGUUCCCUUAGUGCAGGAUGCAGCAGGGAACACCAUCACUAUGCCAACUGCCUCGGGGGCCAAAAAGCGUUUCUGGAUUAUUGAGGACAUGUCCCCAUUUGGCAAGCGCCGCAAGACCGCGUCCUCACGCAAGAUGCUGGAUGAAGGGAUGAUGCUGGAGGGAUUUCGGCGCUAUGACCUCUACGAGGACUGCAAGGACUCCAGCUGCCAGUUCUCUCUCAAGGUUACCCACUACCACUGCACACGGGAGAACUGUGGCUACAAGUUCUGCGGCCGUACCCAUAUGUAUAAGCAUGCCCAGCACCACGACCGUGUUGACAACCUAGUAUUGGAUGAUUUCAAACGCUUCAAGUCUUCACUGAGUUGUAACUUCCCAGACUGUCAGUUCUCUGGCAAUAGCACACACUUCCACUGUCUGCGCUGCGGCUUCCGCUGCACUGACAGCACCAAGGUGACGGCGCACCGCAAGCACCACGGCAAGCAGGACGUCAUCAGCGCCGCCGGCUUCUGCCAGUUCAGCUCCAGCGUGGACUGCGAGGUGCCUGACUGCAAGUACAAACUCAAAUGCUCCCACUUCCACUGCACCUACCCCGGCUGCAAGCACACGGUGGUGGGGAUGUCUCAGAUGGACUCUCACAAGCGCAAACACGAGAAGCAGGAGCGAGGGGAGCUGCCUGCCAUCUCUCCCGGCCCCGAGGGCCUCGCCCACUCCACUCUUGAGUACGAUAUCCAGAACUCUUCCAUCAACCUGGACAGCUCGCUCAACCUCAGCACUGACAACAACAGCUCCCUCUUCUUCCUGCAGAACGCAGCUGGCGUGGGCCUCAAUGACUCCCUGGACCUCAGCAAGAAGCAGGCAGAGGCCACCGAGGGCCCGUCCCCAAGCAGAGCCGGGGCCGCGCCCCCGGAGAGGAGCACAGGGGCACCGGGCUCCGGGGACGUGGAGGACGAGGACGACUCUUCCCAAGAGGAUGAAGAGGACGAUGAGGAGGAGAUGAAUGAAGAGGAGGAGGAUGAUGAAGAGGAGGAUGACGAUGAUGAUGAUGAGGAGGAUGAGGAGGAGGAAGACCUGAACACAGAUUCUGAAGAAUCGCUGCCGGACCCUGAAGGCCUGGCCGCUAAAGAAGAUGGAGAACCAGAGGAGGGUGCUUCUUCCACAGACCAUGGCGAUGCUUCCAGGCCUCAGGGCGAGCCAGCCCUCACUCCAGCCCCAGCUCCUGCCCCCGCUCCAGCUCCGGCUGCUGCCUCAGCCUCCACCGUUGCUCCAGAAGCUUCUCCUUAA